CUCACAUAGGGUGACGACAGGCCAGGGGCCCCGCCACACACUGGGCGGGCAGGCUAGAGGCAGUUCUGCUGGUAUCCUCUUCCUGCCGCGGCCAGUCCAGGGUGCAGGCCAUGGAGCCCGCUGUGGGGAGAGGGUAGCCGCUGGGCAGGCACAUUUGGAGGCCCCGGGCCCCGGGGCCUGGGAGCGCAGGGCAUGGCGGGGCCCCUGCGGGGCCGGGUGGAGGAGCUGAAGCGGCCGUGGUGGCGGGAGAGCUCGGCCCUGGUGCUCCAGCACAGCGAGACGGCCCGGCUGGCGGCCGACGCCCUCCUGGAGCGGGGUGAGGCUGCCUACCUGCGGGUCAUCUCCGAGGAGCGGGAGCUGCCCUUCCUGAGCGCCCUGGACGUGGACUACAUGACCAGCCACGUGCACAGGGGCCCUGAGCUCGGCGAGGCCCAGCGACCGGAGGCGCCAGGGCCCGACCGCCUCAGCCUGCUCUCUGAAGUCACCUCGGGCACUUACUUCCCCCUGGCCUCUGACAUAGACCCCCCGGACCUGGACUUGGGCUGGCCCGAGGUGCCCCAGGCCACGGGCUUCAGCCCCACGCAGGCUGUGGUCCACUUCCAGCGGGACAAGGCCAAGAGCAUCAAGGACCUUCUGCGUUUCCUCUUCAGCCAGGCCCGCACGGUGGUGGCUGUGGUAAUGGAUAUAUUCACUGACAUGGAGCUUCUGUGUGACCUCAUGGAGGCCUCGGGCCGGCGUGGUGUCCCCGUCUACCUGCUCCUGGCCCAGGAGCACCUGAAACACUUCCUGGAGAUGUGCUACAAGAUGGACCUUAAUGGAGGGCACCUGCGGAACAUGCGUGUGCGGAGCACAUGUGGGGACACAUACUGCAGCAAGGCAGGCCACCGCUUCACGGGGCAGGCCCUGGAGAAGUUCGUCAUCAUUGACUGUGAGCAGGUGGUAGGAGGCAGCUACAGCUUCACCUGGCUUUGCAGCCAGGCCCACACAAGCAUGGUGCUGCAGCUGAGGGGCCGCAUCGUGCAAGACUUUGACCGGGAGUUCCGCUGUCUUUACGCCCAGUCUCGGCCCGUGGAGGGCUUCUGUGGAGGUGAAGCUCCCGUGUCUCCCAGGGCACCAUGCCCUCCCCCAGGGGCCCUGGCCUUCGGGCCCAGCAUCCCCAGCACCACAUCCUCGUCGCCCUCCACCACCAGCCUCAGCAGCAUCAAGCGCUCACCUUGCAGGGGCCACUCCUCCUACCUCGCUCUGCCAGUAGGCGGAGGCUGCAGUGACACGGGUAUGGGAUCUUCAUCCCCGGGUCCUGCCCGUUGUGAGGCCGAUGGCCAGCCCUCCCUGCAAUGCCAGCUGUCAGACCCUAACCAUGGCCCCCUGCUAGGGCCCUACAGGGCCAACCUGAGCAAGCUGGGGGCAUCCCCCUGGUCCCAGUCCUCCCCUGCCCUCAACCACAGUAGCACCAGCCCCACGCCCCUGGCAGGGGGGUCACCUCUGCUUGUUCGCCCUCGUCCCCUCCUCCCCUUUCCUCGGGGUGUGCCAGCUCUGUCCCGGCUCCCAGAGAACGGGGUGGCAGGAAGUCAGGAGCCUAGCCCCCCACGAGGCCGCUGGGUACCUGGCACAGCUCUGGAGGCAGUGGAGGAGAAUAAGGCGUCUCUGAGUCAGAGCCAUGGCCAGCUGGAUCUCCUUGUCCCCUUCCUCAGAGCACGAGAAGCAGGAGGCCCUGAUUCUGGGGUGACCCCCAACUCAGGCUCCCUUUGGCCUGGUGAGCGGGCCCCAGAGGAUAGGAGGUUGGCCCCAAAUCAGAGAUACAACCAGCUGGAUCUCCUGCCCCAGGCCCAGGGUGCCAGGGGUGCCCCUGAGUCAGGUUCCCCCAGGCCUGGCAAUCAGACCCCAGAGGACAAGAAGCUGUCCCCAGACCACAGCCAUGGCCAAUUGGACCUCCUGGCACAGUCGCCCAAGGCUGGGGGCUCCAGAGUGCUCCCUGAAGCCAGCUCCUCGGCCAGGGCUGACAAGCAGGGUCCAGAUGAACGACGGCAGACCCUGGGCCACAGCCAGCUGGACCUCAUCACAAAGUUUGGCCCCUUCCGGGGUGAGGGGCCUGGGCCCAGUGGUCUCCCCAGACCGAGCUCUGCUCAAAAGGCUGGAGUGGAUGCUGGGGAUGAGAAGCGGCUGACCCUGGGCCAUAGCAAGCUGGACCUCAUUACCAAGUACCAUCAGCUGCAGGGCACCAGGCUGGGACCUGAGCCUGGCCUCCCUGGGGGCCCCACAGGUGGCCAACACAACGGUAGUAGCAAUGACCUGUCUGGGGAUGAGAAGCGGCUGACUCUGGGCCACAGCAAGCUGGACCUCAUCACCAAGUACCAUCAGCUGCAGGGCACCAGGCCGGGACCUGAGCCUGGCCUCCCCGGGGGCCCCACAGGUGGCCAGCACAGCGGUAGUAGCAAUGGCCUGUCUGGGGAUGAGAAGCGGCGCACCCUGGGCCACAGCAAACUGGACCUCAUUACUAAGUACAACAAGUCCAAGUUCAAGCUGCUCCGAAGCCGCUUUGAGUUGUAGUCCCGCUCCCAGAAAGGACAUGUCCAUUCUCCAUCCGCUGGGACUCUAGAUCUGCUCAGGUCCCAGACUCUGGGGUGGGAGCUCAGGCAGGGGCCAUGUGGGGAAGAGGAGGAGCCUAGAAGCCCAGGUUAGACAUUCCCGGGGCUCGGAUUCUUGCUCACACACGCACAUGCACACGCUUGGGGAAGUGGAACCCAUGGUUACUGGGCACCUGCCAUUCAUCACUGUGCUGAGCCCUUCAUAUCGGUUACUUCUCAUCCUUCGUCCUCACAAUGUCCUACAAGAUAGAGCUCUGGUAGGUACACAGUUCUAGGAUCAUAGGUAUUAUCUUCCCUAUAAUAUAAAUAUGGAAGCUGAGACCCAGCGAGUUUGAUGAUUUGCUUGGAAUCAGGUCCAAAUAAGUGACAGGGGCUCAAACCUGUGGCUCUGACUCUUAAUUUCUUAAGAUUGUGUUUUUGCCCAAACAGGGCACACAGUAUCAACGGUUCCCAGGUCCCCCUGCACACAAAAUCCACAUAUCAUAGAGACGCCCCAAAUGCCUGCGCAACACACACUGCACGCUGACAGGGUUCACACCCACAAACUGCACACCCGCAGAUGCAGUCCAUGUGAUAAACUAAAACACUCAGGAUUCUGGUUGUAGGUACUCGAUAAAUGUCAUUUGGCUAAAUGAAUGGCUAUAGUCGGUGCACACCGUAGACCCCUUAGGAUCCACAGACCACACAUGUACAUAACCACACGUGCACACACACGCACACACACAGAGGCAUGCAUGCACCAACCAGUAGCUUUUUGUACCUAAGCUUUGUACCCAGUCCUGUGCUGGACAUGCCAUAGGGUUGACAGAUGAAUCAGACCCCAUCCCUGGGAGACAAGGAUUCAAUGCAUAAACCAUUGGUGUAUCUAAUUAAAGGCUAACCAGUGGCAGAAGGUGGUAGGAAUGACGGCCAGAGAGUGGCAGUGAUGACGAAGUGAUGGGAAAAGUUUCUCAGAGGAGGCCAACUUUGAGCCAAGCCUUGAUGGGAGGGAAGGACUUGGACAGAUGGAGGUGAGGGUUAGAGGAAUUCCUGGUGGAGGGAACCAGGUGAAGAGAGGCCAGGGAGAGGACUGAGGGAGUGGGUCUGAGAUGACCCAGGGAGGAUGGAGACGAUGUGGAUACUCUCUCUCUCUCUCUCUCUCUCUCUCACACACACACACACACACACACACACACACAUCAUUUUGCUGAGUGUCCCUGGAAGUAUAGGCUCUGUCAGAUGUAGGUCCUUUUCCUGAGCUUGUGCCCUGCCUGGGACUGUAUACGUGAUACAAAUCAAUAAAAGCAGACAUGCUAUGACCCAG